CACCCCUCUCACCUCUCACGCACAUACCAGCACAUAGAACCCUCCGUGAACAACUCCUCAGAUCUAUGUGAAAUAAUUAUCAGAUACAUAUGUGUAGAACAUGAAGUUGAACAUUUUCGUCGCGACUAGCUCCUUUGGCUGGGCAUUGGGCCAAUCCUAUUUCCCAGUAACCCUCAAUAGCACGUUCGAUAUUGCCGGUCCACGAAACAUUCGGAUCGACACGGGGAAAUACGGACCGGCGGUUGAAGAAUAUCACUAUUUUUACGACCAGUGGCCCAUCGGACUUGCGGUGUCCAAGACGGGGAGGGUUUUCACCUGCUACACGCGGGGGACGUAUGCGUAUACCCUAGGUGAAGUGAUCAGUGAGACAGCUGAGAUAGCAUAUCCUAGCCUAGAAGUAAACACUCCUCCUCAAGGGCUUUACAAUACUAGCAACGGCGUCACGUUCGGCAGCAAUGACGUGAGCCACUUUGUCAGCGUACAAGCACUGUACGUGACACCCGACGAUACACUUUGGGUGCUCGACACCGGCCGUCCAACGAUCAACCAGUCACAAAGUGUUAGCAUGCCGUAUGCCGCGCCUGGCGGCCCCAAGCUAGUGGCGAUUGACCUGACUGCCAACAGCAUCAGCAAGACAUAUACCCUGCCGCCAACGGUCCAUUAUCCGGAUUCCUAUAUGAACGACUUGAGAUUUGACCUUAGGCCCAAUGUCACCGAGUCGGGAGGUGGUAUCGCGUAUAUCGUUGAUAGCAGCAAUGAAGGAAGAACAGGGUUCAUCAUGAUCGAUCUGGCAACAGGAGAGAGUUGGCGGCAGUUGAGCCAACACCCGAGCACUCGGGUUGUGUCCGAAGAUGUGCCCAGCUAUAACGGAAUACCGUUUUAUACGCGACAAAAAGGGCACCCGUUGGGAUUCCAGGAAGAAGGUCUCGACGGUGCCGAGCUAGAUCAAUAUGGGGAGGUUAUGUACUACUCGGCGCUGACGACGGACUAUUUAUAUUCGAUAGAGACGCGAUACCUACGCGUGAACCCCGAGGGCGAUCCGCUCGCGAAUAAGAAUGCUUUUGACAAUGUCAAGAAUUUAGGCCAAAGAGGUGGCAAUGCCAAUGGAUUCACGGGUGACAGUCUCGGCAACGUGUACAUGCUCAUGCCCGAGCACAAUGCUAUAUACAUAUACAAUUAUUCAACCCACUUGACAACGCCUUAUAUUAGGGACCCUCGCAUGGUCUGGCCGGACAGCGCUAACGUGGGCUGGGAUGGAUAUCUCUAUUUCACGAUUAACCAGCUACCCUACCAGCCGGACUGGAACAACGGUGUGGAUGGGCGAGUAUACCCAGGGUUAAUACUGAGAUCCAAGCUACCUGACGGUGCUAGCAAGAACACGCUUUUGAUGUAAUUAGUCUCUAUUUUCCCAAUUACCUGACCCUAAAUAAUGUCACCCCGGUGUCUUUUUGAUCGAUUUUCCACAUUCAACC